ACUCCCCAUAAUUCUACGAAGCGGAUGUUGCGGAUGUGUGAAUAAAAAAUGGCAGACGAUGAAGAAAUUAGGUCGGGUAUAGCAGAAGAUAAUGGAUUAGGGGAAAAUGCCGAUAUAGAGACUGUAAGAAAAAUUUCCAAGUACAGAACAAUUGCAAAUGAAUUAAGACCAGAGUCUUGGAAAGCAUGCUUGGCUGUGACGGGGAAGGCAAAUGUGCUCUCAGGGUUUGACGAACUAUAUAACUUACCCGAACAGAAUGAAAUCAGGGAUAAAUGUGAAAGUAUAGUUGAGAGCUUAGACGAUUUAGAAAACAGAUUAUCGGCAGUGAGCGACUUAGAAGCGAUCAUAACGUUUUAUUGUAAAUCCAAGAACCUAUCAUUUGACCCAAAUAAUGGUUGGCUCGAAGUGUUAAAGCCUAUGUUAACAAUGGGUUACUCAAGAACCGACUUAUACAAUGUUUUCUAUGCGUUUCUCUCUAAAUACACACCAAGAGAAUGCAAGAAAGAUGGAAAGCCAUUUCAUUUAUUUCGACUUCUUCUUCUCUACCAUGAUCCUGAGUUAUGCAGUUUCCUAGACACAAGAAGAAUAACUCCCGACUUGUACGCACAAACAUGGUUUCGAAGCAUGUUUAGCUCGUGUUGCGACAUGGAAGUUAUUCAAAGCAUGUGGGACGUUUAUUUUCAACAUGCUGAUUCAUUUCUUAUAUUUUUCUUAGCUCUAGUUAUACUUGUGAACGCAAAGGACCAAAUAGUUGGAAUGAUGAAUGAUGACAAAGAAAGUAUAUUAGAAACAUUGCAGGCACUUCCAGGUGCCCUAGAAGCAGAUGAUAUCGAAGAUUUCUGUUCUUUGGCUCAGUACUACUCUUCCAAAACCCCACAAAGUUUCAGAAUGGACUACGAAAUCCCCUUGUUUGGUUCUACACUAGCUGUUCAAAGACAUGAAUUGGUUACGAAUGUUGCUCAGGCACUCUGCCUACCCGUUGUUGUUUCUGAAUUAUUACAGGCUAAUCAAAGUAGCUCGCAAAGCGAUUGCGUCAGAUACUUUCUGAUAGAUUGCCGACCGGCCGAACAAUAUAAUGCUGGUCAUUUACCAGUCGCCUUUCACCUAGAUGCCCAAUUAAUGCUUAGAAAUCCAUCAGAGUUUAGUACAACUGUUCAAGCUUUAUUCGCUACUCAAUCUCAAGCUCUUGCUACUGGAAGUGUUGCAGCGGGGGAGCACUUAUGUUUUAUUGGGUCCGGUAGGGACGCUGAAGAUAAAUAUUUACAUAUGGUAGUUUCACACUUCUUACAAAGAGACGUACGAUAUGUUUCUAUAGCUAAGGGUGGCUAUAAGUCGUUGCAUAAACUAUUAGAAAACUUUUUAAGUGAUGCCUUGAAAGAACACUGCCCGAAAAAUUGUUUAGAAUGUUCGGACGAAAAUGGAUCAGCUUCGUCAAUGGCUUCAAAUUCGAACCUUUUGGACGAUAUUAAGAAAGAAAAGGAACAAGCUUCAAAUUUAAUUAAUAAAUGGUCCUCAGCACUGAAAUCGAAGUCUGCUGUAAUGAAAGAUAAAGUGACACGAUAUAUAAAGAACGAAGGUAAUCAAGAACAACCUCGACACGUCAGUUCUUCAGAUAAAGUCGGGAAACGAUACAGGAAUAUGUCAAAUGUAUUUUCAAUUGGUGAUGACGAAGAUGAAGAGCCAAUGGUCGCAAAAAAUAAAAGUGACAAAUCGGAAAUUGUUAAAUUGGGGGUUUGGCUUGAGAAGCCAGAGGUUACUAAAUACUUCGAAUGUCAACAUAUAAGUCGGCAGGACAACCAAUCCUUUGAAAGUUUUCUGGUUUUAACAGAAUCGUUUCUUUUUGUGCUUAGAGUAAUAUCGAGGAAAACCAAUCAGGCUAGUGUUCAAGCGAAAAGACCGCUCUCCUCAAUAGUCAAAAUAACUUCGAACAAAAAAAGGCAAGAAAUUAUUACCUUAAAGUAUGGCGUUCAUGAUGAAGCAAAUGGGUUGGUUAUAAAUGAUGUGGAUAGAUUUUUUAUCCCCAAUGCAUCUCAAGCUACAAAGCAUAUUAAAUUUGCCAUUAUGAAAGUGUUGGAUGCUUUGGAAGUGAGUUAA